AUGCUCCUUACAGAUCUGCUGUGUGGUAUCCUCGGGUUACUCCUUCAUGACCCUUUGGCAACUCAGACCACUCUUGCUGGUACCGAGAUUGCCGAGGGUCUUUCUUUGUUACAACACCGAGGUCAAGAUGCAGCCGGUAUCGUCACCUGCGGGUCAGGUGGUAGAUUCUAUCAAGUCAAGGCCAACGGUAUGGUCAGAGAUGUCUUUGACGCUCCUGCCGUAGCUGGUCUCAAAGGUUGGAUGGGUGUCGGUCAUGUCCGAUACCCCACUGCCGGAAGUUCAGCUCAUGCCGAAGCUCAACCUUUCUACGUGAACUCACCUUAUGGUAUCGUGUUUGCCCAUAACGGUAACAUCGUUAACACCCCUUCUCUCCGACAAUUCCUCGACGUAGAUGCCCAUAGACAUAUCAACACCGACUCAGAUUCCGAGUUGUUGUUGAACAUCUUAGCCAACAACUUGCAAAAAACCGGUAAAUUCCGUAUCAACGAAGAAGAUAUAUUCACCGCUGUUGGUGAUCUCACCCGAACUUGUAUUGGUGCAUAUGCCUGUGUAGCCAUGAUCGCGGGUUUCGGUCUGAUCGUCUUCAGGGAUCCUAACGGUAUCAGACCUGCUGGAAUUGCUACUAGAAAGGGAGCAAGGGGAGGAACAGAUUAUUUGGUGGCUUCGGAGAGUGUAGUAGCGCAGGGUUUGGGUUUCACAGAAUGGGAGGACGUCAAAGCGGGCGAAGCAAUUAUCAUCACCCGAAGUAACAUCUCCCGACGACAAGUUGCUACGCCCCAAGCCUUCGCACCUGACAUCUUCGAACAUGUAUAUUUCGCCAGACCAGAUUCCACCAUCGACGGUAUCUCAGUGUACAGAUCUAGGAUGAAGAUGGGUGAUUUGUUAGCUGAGACUGUCAAGAAGGAGUUGGUCAAAGCGAAAUUGGAAAUUGACGUGGUCAUUCCUGUCCCUGAUACCUCCCGAACGGCGGCUUUGAACUGUGCUCAGGCAUUGAAUAUUCCUUAUAGAGAGGGUUUCGUGAAGAAUAGAUACGUGGGAAGAACUUUCAUCAUGCCUGGACAGACUCAACGACGCAAAAACGUACGAAGGAAGUUGAAUGCCAUGCCUGAGGAGUUUGCAGGAAAGACCGUCAUGCUUGUGGAUGACUCCAUUGUUCGGGGUACCACCUCCAAGGAGAUUGUACAGAUGGCCAAGGAUGUCGGCGCCAAGCGUGUGAUCUUUGCUUCUUGUGCUCCACCCAUUAGAUACUCUAACGUAUACGGUAUCGACAUGCCCUCGCCUCACGAGCUGAUAGCUCACGGCCGAACCACCGAGGAAAUUGCAGCGCACAUCGGAGCCGAUUUGGUGAUCUACCAAACACUCGAAGAUCUCGUGGAAUCAUGUAGACAAUUCAACCCAGCUAUCAAACAAUUCGACUGUUCGGUGUUCACCGGCGAAUACGUUACUGGAGGAGUUGACGAGAGGUAUCUGGAACAUAUCCAGAGAUUGAGGAAUGAUAAUGCCAAAGCGAAGAAGAAUCAGCAAGCUAUCGAAGCUGUUGAAGCUAACGAGGGGGGAUGCAACGGACCUAUGAACGGUUCAGAUGCCUUGUUGGGACGAUCAGAUUCCAUCAUGGGAUUAUCCAAUCAUUCUCCCAAGAUAGGUGCUACCAAUAUGCCCACACCGAAUGAUACGAUGGGUUUGCAUAAUUCAUGGUAUGGUCAGUAG